ACGUGUAAAAAUCGACGGACGGGGAUCCACCACUCCCAUCCCAUUCUCUCUGUCUUGCUCUUGCCCUUUUGUCUUACUCCCCACUCCACUCCGUCGCCAUAUAAACAAACUUAUCCUUCUCUCUUCCUUCUCAUUCGUUCGUAUUCUUCCGUAGCGCCCUGUUUGGCCAGUCUAUAAAUAGAGAGCGUUCGCUGAAGCAGUCUGUGUCACUCACUAUUCUACUGCUUCCUCCUCCACUUUUCACUCCUAUCCAACCACGCGGUUUGCCAAACGAGGUAUAAUAAGGGGAAGGAAUAGAAAAAACGAUUUCCCACACCUUGGAAAGAAUGAACAUGGGAGAAUCGGCGGCGGCGGUGGCGGUUGGGAGUAACAGCAAUGGGAAUAAUGAUGACAGUGGGGAGGUGGUGAAAUCGCGGUUCAAGAGGGUCUGUGUUUUCUGCGGGAGCAGUAGUGGGAACAGGAACUGCUACAAGGAUGCCGCCAUUGAUCUUGCUCAGGAGCUGGUGGCGAGGAAGUUGGAUCUCGUCUAUGGCGGCGGGAGUAUUGGGCUGAUGGGGCUGGUGUCUCGAGCUGUGCACCACGGCGGCGGCAGCGUUCUUGGGAUCAUACCCAGGACCUUGAUGUGCAAGGAGAUCACUGGUGAAACAGUUGGUGAGGUGAGGCCAGUAGCCGACAUGCAUCAAAGGAAAGCAGAAAUGGCCCGCCAAUCUGAUUGCUUCAUUGCCCUACCAGGUGGGUAUGGGACCCUGGAAGAGUUGCUGGAAGUAAUCACUUGGGCUCAGCUUGGAAUCCAUGAUAAGCCAGUAAAGCAUUUGACCUUUUCCCUUGUUUCUUCCCAUAAGAAAGGUAACCUGUGGCUGCAGGUGGGUUUACUAAAUGUGGAUGGCUACUACAACAACCUACUGAUCUUCAUCGACAAAGCUGUGGAUGAUGGCUUCAUCAAGCCAUCCCAGAGGAACAUAUUUGUCUCAGCUCCUAAUGCCAAGGAGCUUGUUCAGAAGCUUGAGGAGUACGUUCCAGUGAAAGAUGGAGUCAUUGCCAAGGCGAAGUGGGAAGUUGAGCAGCAGCAGCAACCACCACAACAGCAACAACAGGUGGGGUUCAAUGCUACUACUUCUACUACUGCUGCUGCAGCUACUACCACCACUCCUACUACUCUGCAGCAGACCGAGAUAGUUCUAUGAAUGCAAAAGGAAGGACAGGUAGGGGAAGGAAUGGAUGGAAAGAAAUGAAUAGUUAGGGUAAAAGGUGGGGUUAGGCCUUUUUCUCUUUUGCUUUCUAGUCUGAUUUUUUGGGGUCGGAGUUGAGAGACCACCCAUUAUGGGUAUGAUGGUGUUGGUUUUGAACUUUGAUUGAAUGACUUGGCUAGACGAAAAGGUGGGGACUUUGUGUCUUUUCAUUUUAGUAUAUGUACGUAUGGCUAAUGAUGGAAGAAUAGGGAGUUUGGUUAACUACAAUGAUAUGUUGUUGACCUCAGGUUAAGCUUCUUUUGUAAUUGGAAAGAUCCUUUUGGGAGUAUCAAUAUGUACAAACAUUAUUGUUAAUUGUUAUUAUUUAUUAUAAUAUAAUAUAGGAUGCAUGAAAGAAAAAGCCAUAACCUAGAACUCCUUUGUCCCUUUGCCUUUAUUUCUUUGCUUCUGCUAUAGUGCCAGGAAGGCAGGAACCGUUAUUUGAUUGGUGCAAAGCUUGGAGAGAACAUUAGUGGUAAAUAAUUAUAAGCUACUAGUGGUGAGAACGAGGCAUUGGUCAUUUUACCUCUUUGGUGAAUGUAUGGCAGAAAGGGCAGCCUGGUUUUUUUUUUUGGGUUCUGCUGAUAUUUUUGAUCAGCCUGCCCUGGUGGUACUGUUACAGCUCAUUUGCAGGGACAAUGGCCAUCGCCAUGGCUAUGGCACUGGCAGGUCCUUUUUUUUUAUAUAUUCAACUGUAGCUGGCCUGGGGAGAGAUUACCCUUGAGGCAGUUUUGUAUCUGUGCUUUCCCUGUAAAAAGCACUGUGCAAAGGGCAGAGAGAGAGAGAGAGAGAGAGCGAAUGAUGAAUGGUCUGGUGACAAAAGAAGGAAAAGGAGGGGGCUGGGAGACUCAUCAUGGUGAUGACCUUACCUUACAGAAAAAGAGGGACACAAAUCAAGUCUGGGUUUUCAGAAUUUGCCAUACUUGAAGGGUUAUCUAUCAUCACCCACCUCCACUAUAUAUGUAUCUUCUACCACUCAAAGCUUCUUCUGGGCCUCCCUCCAUUUGGGAAAUAUGGUUAAUGAGGUUUGCCCCUUCCCCUAUACUUGGAAGUUGGAAAUCAAAAGAAAAAACAAUGAUGAUGAAGUGGGG